AAUGAACAUGGCAGAUGGAUAAGUAUAAUUUAUUUGGACAAAGGGGUUAAAUACAGGCUAUAGAAACAAAAGAUGUAUUUACUUCUCAGGAUGUGACUUGGAGAUAUUUCUUAAAUUGUAUACAUGGAGCCAAAUUUUGAUCUGAAUGCUUAUGAGCCUCCAGUGUCCCUAUGGAGUAUUGUAGAACAACACAUUCCAAUACAUGAACAUGAAGAGAUUAAGGGGAUGCUCGGAGAAUCUUUAGUGGAUCAAAGCCUAGAACUCAGAACUGAGAUUGACACACUUUUGGAUAUUUGGAGAGACUAUCGAGAUGAAACUAAUGAAAAUUGUAAAGAAAAGCUGCCUGAACCUCCUGGACUGAGAGACAGACUCGUGCAAGAAAUUCAAUUCUUCCUGGAAAAUGUCAAAGAGAAAUCCAGAUUACAAGGGCUUAACCCUGAGAGGAUCCUAGCAACAGGACAUAACACUACUGUGCUAGAUUAUGCCAUGGAUGUCAGCAGGCCUGGCACAGCUCGGGGUUCCCGACCCUCCACCGCCAUGUCUAGAGAAGGAAGGGACACUCCUAUGAUUUGUACCCCUACAGGCAGUGAUAGAGCAUCUGCUGCCUCAACUCUCAGUGAAGAAAUUGAAUCCAUGACCGACAAGCUGAAUUACCUCAAGUUUGAUGAAGUUGUUCAACAUCUCAAGGAGUAUUUAGAGGAUGAAAUCAGCACUCUUCUUAGAGACAUUCAAUUUCUGUAUGAAUGUUUGGAUGAGGAGGCAAUGUACAGGGCUGAGACACAGGGUACCUAUUCCAGGGAGCCAACCAUUGCCGAGUUGCAGGUUGAAAGAUCAAAAAUGGAAAAGGAGAUGUUGUCAAACAGUGUGGUUCCACAACCUGCGGUUAUGAGGCCUUCUCCAGUGAACUCCAUCAAGAAACUUCCCUCCCCACAAGUGUCUUCCUUUAGGAUAAAGAACACGAGUCCCAUGUCAGGAUCUAGUCCUCCAGGAAGAGCAAACAGCCCGACUGGAACAAAAACAGACAAUUCACGCGAGACCACUACCCCCAAGAUUAGACCUAUGAAAGUGUCACAUGACUUAAGUGCCCAAAUAACAGACAAGUUGAGUGGCCCCCAUGGAGACAUGAAUAAGCAGGGAUUAGUUGGGAUGGUGAAAGUGACACCACCUACCAAGAACUCUAGUGUGAUGGCUGCCUCACCACACAUUGUAACUCCCCCAAGUUCAGCCAAGCCUGUCCGACCUUCCUCAGCGGAUAGGUUCCGGAGAAUGAACGAGCAGCAGUCUCUUUUAGCCGGCGAUGACGUCACAACACAACAUGUGCCUCUCUUUAGGAAACUGUGUUACGCCAUAGGAGGACCUCCCUAUCAAAUCACCAACACAGUCAUUAACUUUUUCCUGAGCAUAUUCUUACUAGAAGUUGCAGAGCUUCGUCCUUCCUACGUCGCCAUAAUUGUCUUUGGGGGUAAAGUUUGGGACGCCAUCACCGACCCAUUGUGUGGCUAUUUCGUCAACAGAACAAGGACCCGGUUUGGGCAAUUUAAACCAUGGAUUCUCCUCUCCACCCCUCUGGCCUGUGUGGCGUAUUUUUUCCUCUGGUACGUGCCGGAUUUUAGCGAGGAGGCUAAGGUCGCCUGGUAUUUCACGUGGUACUGCCUAUUUCAAGGUUUCCUGUCGGGAAUACAUGUACCAUAUACUGCCAUGACGAUGUACAUAAGUAAGGACCAGCGACAGAGGGACUCUGCCACAGCCUACAGAAUGGUUUUUGAAGCUUUGGGCGUUCUCAUGGCUGCUACAGUGCAAGGUGUUUUUGUGAAUUCUACGAGAGUUGCAGGCGACUGCGCCAAGAAUGGAGAAGAAUCUUCAACAGUGGCACCAGAACAAUUGAACGAUGAAAAGAGGUCCUACUUAGAGGGUUCCAUUGUCGUCAUAGCCACGUGCGUUUUUUGCUCUGUCGUCUGCGUUUUGGGAACGAAAGAGUGUGAUGAUGUGAUUGAAGGACACAGCGACGGUUUUCUGACGGGCCUUCGUGCAGUACUGACUUUUCCGCCCUAUGUCCGUCUUUCUCUCUGUUUUCUCUUUCUCUCACUGGCUAUUGCUAUUGUUCAAGGAAACUUGGCCCUAUUUUGUACUCAUAGUCUAGAUCUGGGAGACGAUUUCUCCUUAUUCAUCAUCAUUUUACUGGUCUCCUCAAUAGCAUCAAUGCCAAUAUGGCAAUUUAUUUUGAAGAAAUUUGGCAAAAAGUCGGCAUUCGCAGCUGGAAUGAUAAUAUUUAUACCCAUACUUGUAUCGCAGCUGUAUGUAGAAGACAAUGUUUACGUUUACAUACCUAUUCUGAUACUGGCGGGGUUCAGUAUAGCUGUUGCGCUACUGUUGCCCUGGUCAAUGCUGCCUGAUGUGAUUGAUGAAUUCAUGAUCUCCACAGGAGAAAGAAAAGACGCCAUUUUCUACUCCUUUUACGUUUUCUUUAACAAGUUAGCGGCGGGCCUAGGGUUAGGGAUAUCGCAGGUGGCGCUACAACUGGGUGGUUACGUGAGUGGUGCCUGUGACCAGUCUAAAGACGUGGGGCUUGCCCUGCGCCUCCUGGUGGUUCCCGGGCCGGUCAUAUUCGUCCUGGUGGCCCUUCUUCUUCUUUGGGCAUACCCAAUCAACGAGGCUAGGAGAGUGUAUAACAUAGAGCGUCUGGAGAAAAUCAGAGAGGAGGGCGAACAGAAGCAGGACUCACUCCUGCCGCCGGACGAAUACACCAUUGACCAAAGUCUCAGCUACGAGAGCGUUAUGGUGACCAGUACAGAAAUAUGAUAGCCAUAGUUUCCUACUUGAAGAAACCCAAUGUUGACAUGAGUAUACCUUGUCAUCAACCUUUGAACUUUUAAUUAUUGCAAAGACAGUCACGAAUGGAAUUAAAAAGAAUUUUGCAGCGCAAACGAUUUUUUGUAGUUGUUGUUGUUGUUUUGGGUUCAGUUUAAUCAGAUCGUUUGCGUGCGGAAAUGAACAAAAUCUUCAAAUUUUAAAAAUUGUAUGGAUAAAAUUGAUACAUGUACAUAUCUCAUUUAUAGAAGAAAGUAAUGAAAUUGUGUCAUAAUUUACUGACCUUGAGCUUCUAUAACCUUGAUCUUGACUUCACUAUUCCUUAUUUCAGGUUAGCCUAAUUUUCGAAGGAACUGUUACUAAAUAUUAUUAUGGAACUUCAUACUACGUUGUUUAUGAAAAAAAAAUCUGUUCUUUUCCCCUUUCCUUGACCUUCUCUUCAACAUUAUCUCACUUUAUUUUGCAAUUCAAGUAAUUUAGUCGCAAAUAAGAUGUUCCGGAUAUUUCAAUUAUCUGGCACAAAUAAAAAAAACAACAACAAUUAAACCGGUUGUCAUCAUAUCUUGACAUAAAUUGAGACCUUUGCAAAAAGACAUACUGUACAUUUUAUAAACAUACUAAUGUACAAGAAAAACUAUUCAUCAUAUGGACGUUUCCCUAGUUUUUAUUUGUUUCUUUUGCGUGUGUCUUUGUGUUUUAUCUCUAAUUUUUGUUUGUAAUCUUUGUACAUGUUUUGAUAAGUCUCAUUUGGCAAAAGGUGCUUUAUUAAAACGCAUUACAUGUAAAAUAAAAACAAGAGUUUUCAUC